GCUUUCUCUCGGAUCGCGCGGCCGGCGUGCAAGAUGGCGCUGAAGAAAGACAGGAAGCCUAAGAAGUCAACCUGGAAGUUUAAUUUGGACCUUACUCAUCCAGUAGAAGAUGGAAUUUUUGAUUCUGGAAAUUUUGAACAGUUUCUACGGGAGAAGGUUAAAGUGAAUGGAAAAACUGGAAAUCUUGGGAAUGUCGUUCACAUUGAACGCUUCAAGAAUAAAAUCACAGUUGUUUCUGAGAAACAGUUCUCUAAAAGGUAUUUGAAAUACCUUACCAAGAAAUACCUUAAAAAGAACAAUCUUCGUGAUUGGCUUCGUGUGGUUGCAUCUGACAAGGAGACUUAUGAACUUCGUUACUUCCAGAUUAGUCAAGACGAAGAUGGAUCCGAGUCUGAGGACUAGAUGAAGCCAUCCCUUUCAGGGCUUUGCUUGCUAAUAAAACAAAUGAAGUAUACAAGAGAAACAUCUUGAAAGGGACCUUUAGUUUAUCAGUGAAUAAAAAACAUUACUCUGUUAAGCAUUCAUCUCUUUGAUUUAAGUGUAUGCUGUUUAUAGUGCUGGCUUUCCUUUAAUACUUUUUAAAAAAAAUUUUUACUGGAGUAUAGUUGAUUUACAAUGUUGUGUUAGUUUCGGGUGUACAGCAAAGUGAAUCAGUUACACAAUGCACUCCUUUUUUUUUUAAGAUUCUUUUCCCGUAUAGGCCAUUACAGAGUAUUGAGUAGAGUUCCCGGUGCUAUACAGCAGGUUCUUAUUAGUUAUCUGUUUUAUGUGUAGUAGUAUGUACAUGUCAGUCCCAAUCUCCCAAUUUAUCCCCCCCGCCCUUAUCCCCUGGUGACCAUAAGUUUGUUUUCUACAUCUGUUACUCUACUUCCGUUUUGUAAAUAAGUUCAUUUGUACUCUCCUGUUUUUUUUUUUUUUUUUAAUACUUUCUGUAAGCAGUAUUUAAAUAGCCUGUAGCUAGUGGAAUUUCUUCCAGGAUUUCUGAAGUGUACUGCUUUUACAAAUAUCCUCGAGUUAAAGUAUAUAGUGAAAAAAUGAAGCACAAUUUUGGGUAUAACUUUAUAUAAUAAAAUAUUUAAAUUCU